AUGGCGGACCGAGAGGCUGCAGCAAAGCGAGCCGCGGGGCUGAAGAAGCUCUUCAACGCCGUCAUCCACGGCCACCGCGAACUCAAGACAGCAUCUGAUGGCAGUCGAUUCCUCGAGGCGCUGUGUUCCGAGGAGGAUACGUCCAAGUGUGUGGAGUGUGUCGUGGCAGCUCCCGCCGGGCUAAACGCGGUAGCCAAGGCGUUCCGCUUCUCCCGCGAUGCCGCAUUCCUGAACGGCUUGGCGUCCAGCGUCCUGUUGCGUUUCUCCCAGCCAUCCGUCAAGCAACUGUACGGCGGCGAAUUUCUACUGCGCGUCAUCGAGCAGAUUGUGCAGCCUCCAACCUUCUGGAACGCGUUUGUCGAGGCACAUGGCGCUCGGCUUCUCUCCGCAGACGGCACGCACGCCUUCGCGUGGCUGCUGCUCGAGCUGCUGCUAUGCAGUCGCUCUGAUGAGAUUCCAGACGUGCGAAGCAUCGCCCAGGAGGUUACCAUCAAACAGUCGCUCAUCAACGGAGAUUCUCUUCAAGUCCGCAAUCUCGGACAAAAAAUAAAAAGUGUUCUGGAGAGUACAUCCAGCGACUCUGCCGAUGGCCCCGGGGGGAGACACGACAACGACGCAGCAGACUACCGCACAAUCCAGAUCUUACCAACAUCGGACGAAUUUGCCUCCAAUGAGCAGCCGUUCUACAGACGUGCAGAUGCUGUCGCUUCUGCUCCCCCAGAAACCCGCAGCUUGAUCCAUCUGGACAACCAGUUUCGACUGUUACGCGAGGAUCUUUUGGGUGAGCUGCGCAAUGAUUUCCAGAUUGCCACUGGCCAGAAGAAGGGGCGCCGCAAAACCGUCCUCGAACAUCUAGAAUAUGCUGGCAUUGACUGUGGUCCAGAGAAGAGACGCAAGCCCUGUGCGCUGAAGCUUCUUUGUCCCAAGGGUCUUCCUCAGUUGAACAACAUCAAAGGCUUGGCCGAGCGCAAGAAAUACCUCACACGCAACAAAAACUUCCUGAAGCAUCAAUCUCUUGGUUGCCUCGUGAGCAAUGGCCGAAUCGUCGCUUUUGCAAGCGUAGAUCGCGACGAAGAUCUUCUCGCUCAGGAACCCGCUAUUGUCGUACUGCGAGUCACCAGUUCUAGCUCCUUCGCAAAGGUGUUGAUGGCGUGCAAAACCAAACAAGACCUUUCCUUUGUGCAAGUGGACACCGCUGUAUUCGCAUAUGAGCCCAUUCUGAAAUGCCUCCAAUCUCUGACCGAGCUGCCACUAGAGGACCAGCUCCUCAAUCUGACUCCGAAUUCUUCUGAAGCUGUCUCUGGUAUCCAACCGACCGAUAUCAUUAACAGCAUUCGUAGCAACUGGGACCAGAAUCUGCAAGAUGUUGUAGGGAGUACACAUCCUAUCGAACUAGACCGAGCUCAAGCAGACUCGCUGUUGACGGGUUUAAUGAAGAGAGUUAGUCUGAUUCAAGGACCCCCUGGGACGGGGAAAAGCUUCAUUGGCGCACUUAUUGCGAAGAUUUUACACGAUUCUACCGACGAGACAAUUCUCAUCCUCACUUACACCAACCAUGCUCUUGAUCAAUUUCUCGAAGACAUACAGAAAGCCGGUGUGCCGGCUGACUCAAUUGUACGACUCGGCUCCAAGUUCACUGCUGCCACUCAAGCAUUAUCCAUCAGGGAACAACACAAUGACUACAAAAUGAGCGGUUCUACAUGGGGUAGGAUUCAAGACCAGAAGCGCGAGUCGGAAUCCUACCAUGCUGCUCUUCUUUCCAAAGUGGCAAAGUUUGCGUCUGUGCAGCUCGGCUGUCAAGCUCUUCUUGACUACCUCGAGUUUUCAGACGAUUCGGAAUAUUUCGAUGCAUUCGUCGUUCCCCAAAGCGAUGACGAUAUGGAAGUUGUUGGAAAGAAGAACAAACGGAUUGACAAACACUAUCUGAUCAAGAGGUGGCUGAAAGGGGAGGAUGCUGGAAUAUAUGCUGAGCAUGCAAUGCAAUAUCAGGCACAUAUCUGGCAAGUCACAUCACUGAAGCGGGAGCACUUGCAAACACAGUGGAGAAAAGCAAUCCUGAAGGAACACACCGCCGAGACUGCCACUUUGUUUAAAAGGUACAACAAAUGCCGCACUCAGAUCGACGGGUUGUAUCGCGAAAAGGACUUUCACGUGCUCAACAACAAGCGUGUCAUUGGAUGUACAACCACGGCUGCUGCUAUGUACACUGAAGAGAUCAGAAAAGCCUCUCCUGGCAUAAUCUUAGUGGAAGAAGCUGGAGAGAUACUCGAGAGUCAUGUACUGACAGCACUGUCUCCAUCAUCCAAGCAACUCAUCUUGAUUGGCGAUCAUAAGCAACUUCGACCCAAGGUAAACAAUUACGACUUGACCGUGGAGAAAGGCGAUGGAUAUGACCUCAACGUCUCUUUAUUUGAACGGUUGGUGCUUAGUGGCGUUCCGCAUACUACACUUGUCAAACAGCACCGCAUGCGGCCCGAAAUAUCACGCCUCGUCAGAUCUCUCACAUAUCCCGAAUUGGAAGAUGCCGAGAAAACCCAAGGCCGACCAGCAUUGCGCGGUUUCCAAAACAACGUCAUAUUUGUGUCUCAUUCACGCCCAGAGCUCAACGCGUUACAAAUUGCCGACCGACGUGAUAGCGGCGCCAAAUCCAGCAAGGAGAAUGCAUAUGAAGCCGACAUGGUUCUCAAAUGCGUCCGAUACCUCGGACAACAAGGUUAUGGUACGGAUGAGAUUGUAGUAUUGACUCCAUACCUGGGCCAGUUGUACUUGUUGCUGAAAACCCUUUCUGAAGACAACGAUCCCAUAUUGAACGAUUUGGACUCGCACGAACUGAUACAAGCGGGCCUACUGACACCGGCUGGCGCAAACAUCACCAAACGCAAACUACGCAUAUCUACCAUUGAUAACUACCAGGGUGAAGAGAGUGAUAUAGUCAUUGCCUGUCUCACAAGGAGUAAUAACGUUGGCGACAUUGGCUUCAUGUCAUCCCCUCAGCGUGUGAAUGUGUUGCUAUCACGAGCACGCAACGCUCUCAUAAUGAUUGGCAAUCCAGAGACUUUCAUGAAUAGUCGCAAAGGCAAGGAAGUAUGGGUCCCUCUUAUGAGCCAGCUGAAACAAGAGGGUCAUGUCUAUGACGGCUUUCCUGUCAAGUGCGAACAACAUCCGGAAAAGACCGCACUCCUAACUGAGAAGGAACAUUUUGAUGAAGUGUGUCCUGAUGGAGGCUGCUCUGAGCCAUGUGGCAAACUACUCAACUGCGGCGUUCACACAUGCCCCCAAAGAUGCCAUCAGUUGCAGGAUCAUUCCAAGAUGCAGUGUAAAGCCAUUGUCUCUUCUACGUGCCCCAACCAGCAUACAGUGAAGAGGAAAUGCCAUAACCAAGCUGCGGCGCAUUGUCAGAAAUGCGAGGCUGAAGUGCGGGCGCGGGAAAAGAAACGGCAACGAGACCACAAGUUGGAUGAGGAACGUCAAGCCAAGCAGAAGGCUUACGCUGCACGUUUGGCGGAGAUUGAAGAAGAGAUUGAACACAAGAGGCGUAUUCUGAGAGACCAAAAUGAAGAGAAGCAACGCCAGCAAGCAUUAGACCAGAAGAUGCAAGAUCUCCACAAUCUCAAAGAGAAGCUCAAGCGUCCUGCAAAGCAACCAGUUCCACCACCGCCACAGCCGACUUCCUCCGCAAAGCCAUCGGUCAGGACUGAUACACCGCGCCAGAAUCCAGCAGCUCCGAAAACUACCAACGCUCAACCAAAUGCGGCUACAUCCGACUCCAACUCCGACUACGAGUCCGCUGCUUCGGAUCAGAACGAAAGUGAGCCUGAUUGGGAUAAGAGUGAAGCAAGAGAUGAUUGGGAAUGGCAGAAGAAAUUCGAAGGUUCUGAGAGUGACGUACUUGAUACCCUUGUGUCUAUGAUUGGCCUUGAGUCUGUCAAACAGCAAUUCCUUGCAAUAAAAGCGAAAGUCGAUACUGCAGUUCGUCAGAAUGUCGACUUGAAAGGAGAACGAUUCGGAGCAGCCCUGCUAGGAAAUCCAGGGACCGGUAAAACAACCGUGGCUCGUCACUAUGCCAAGUUCCUGGUCGAAGUUGGAGCUCUGCCUGGAGAUCAUUUCAUUGAGAGUUCCGGAUCGGCGCUCGCAAACGAUGGAGUAUCCGCGUGUAAAAGCCAAAUAGACACGAUCCUAGAAAAGGGCGGCGGCGUCUUCUUCAUCGAUGAGGCCUAUCAACUGGUUUCCGGAAACUCUCCCGGUGGCAAAGCCGUGCUGGAUUACCUACUCGCAGAGAUUGAGAACUUGACUGGCAAAGUCGUAUUCGUGCUGGCGGGUUAUCACAAGCAAAUGGAGGCCUUCUUCUCCCAUAAUCCUGGUAUCCCAAGCCGCAUACCAAUUCGGAUGGAGUUCCAAGACUAUGAGGAUCGUGAGCUACAGAAGAUCUUUUGCCAAUACAUUGACAAGAAAUAUAAAGGGAGAAUGAGAAUGGAAGACGGCGUGGACGGUCUCUACGUUCGCAUUGUGGCUCGAAGAAUCGGCCGUGGUCGCGGUCGCGAUGGCUUUGGCAAUGCGCGGGAAGUGCAGAAUAAGAUUUCACAAAUCACAGAACGCCAGGCGAAGCGCCUUCACAAGCAGCGAAGAGCUGGCAAAAUGCCGGAUGAUAAUUUGUUGACCAAAGAAGAUCUUAUAGGCCCAGAGCCUUCUUCGGUGCUGAUGAACAACGCUGCAUGGAAGAAGCUCAAAGUACUCAUCGGGUUGAAGUCUGUCAAGGAAUCGGUACAAGUUCUCCUCGACGGGUUACAGACCAACUACCAGCUCGAACUGAAAGAGAAGCCUAUCAUUCAGUAUUCACUGAACCGUUGCUUCAUUGGUUCACCAGGAACAGGAAAGACAAGUGUAGCCAAACUCUUCGGUCGUAUCUUGGCUGAUAUUGGACUUCUCUCCAGUGGCGAAGUUGUGGUCAAAAAUCCAGCAGAUUUUGUCGGUAAUGUAUUGGGUGGGUCAGAAGCCAACACAAAGGCCAUUCUAGCCUCGACUGUUGGCAAAGUUCUCAUCAUCGACGAAGCUUACAUGCUUGCUUCUGGUGCGGCAGGAGAUCACUUCAAAACCGCAGUCAUUGAUACGAUUGUCGCUGAAGUCCAGAGCACGCCGGGCGAAGAUCGGUGCGUACUUUUACUGGGAUACAAGGACCAGAUGGAAAACAUGUUCCGAGACGUCAAUCCCGGGCUUGCAAGGCGUUUCCCGCUCGAGUCUGCCUUUGUGUUUGAGGAUUUCAAUGGGGCAGAAAUACGGCGCAUCUUCGAUCUCAAGCUGAAGGACAUUGGGUUUGAGGCGACGGAUCAAGCCAGAAAGGUCGCCAUGGACGUCAUCGAGCGCGCACGUAAUCGUCCGAACUUUGGAAAUGCUGGAGAGGUCGAUAUCAUUCUGGAUCGUGCCAAGGCACUGCACCAGAAGCACAUUUCCGCUCACAAAGUGAAGCAGUUUGGCAAGUUCGAGGCAAUUGACUUUGAUCCAGACUUUGAUCGGAUUGAUCGGGCUACGACAAACCUAGCGGCGCUCUUUCAAGAUGUUGUGGGUUGUGAAGAGUUGAUUGAUCAGCUCCGCGGCUACCAAACCACUGCUGCUAACAUGAAAGCUCUUGGCAUGAACCCCCGCGACCAACUGCCUUUCAAUUUCCUCUUCAAAGGCCCACCGGGGACUGGAAAGACGACGACGGCGGCAAAAAUGGGUAAGAUAUUUUACGAUAUGGGCUUGCUCAGUCAAGCAAAGGUAGAAGAAUGCUCCGCAACUGACCUAAUUGGGCAAUAUGUUGGUCAAACCGGGCCAAAAGUGCAAAAGCUAAUGGAGAAGGCAAUGGGCAAAGUUCUCUUCAUCGAUGAAGCCUAUCGACUUGCCGAAGGUGGCUUUGCGACUGAAGCCAUGGAUGAGUUGGUCGAUUGUUUGACGAAAGAAAAGUUCGCGCAGAAGCUUGUUGUGAUCCUGGCCGGCUACGACAAGGAUAUCGAUCGGUUGAUGAGCAUGAAUCCUGGUCUUUCUAGCCGGUUCCCAGAAACCGUGGUUUUCAAGCAUCUGGAACCAGAGAUGUGCUUUGAGCUCCUGAACAAGGCGCUCGGCAGCAUGCAGAAAAAGAAGAAGGCACCACUCGAUCUCUCUGUCAUCGAUGCGCCCUCACAGCAACUCAAGCAACGGUCGCUGGAGCUUUUCAGACAGUUGUCGGUGCUAGCGUCGUGGGGCAAUGCCCGCGAUGUCAAGUCACUUGCAAAGAAGAUGUUUGAGAAACUGAUUUCCACAGCUGUUCCUCCCAUCACCAGUCUCGUCCUUACCGAAGGCAUCGUCAUUGAUACGAUGGAGGCAAUGCUGAAUGAACGCUCUCGGCGCAGCGCUGCUGUGGGCACAAGUCGCUUCGCUAACCGGCUGCCUUUGCGACCAGCACUCCCACCACAGUCGCAAGAUGCCACGCCACCAGCCCUGAAUACCGCAACCAACACCGCUUCUCCGCCUCAAGCGCCGCCAUGCACAGCCAUCAAAACCGAAGAGCAAGAAGACGCAGCAAAGCCAACCGAGAAGAAGUCAGAACCCGUAGGCGAAGCCGAAGACGCUCUUCGAUCCAUACUAAAAGUCAAGCGCGAUCCCGACGUGUCGGACGAAGACUGGGAACAGCUCGAGCGUGACAAGCACGCCAUGAUUGCCAAGGAACAAGAGUUCCGUCGUCUGCAAGAGGAGAAGCAGCAAGAGGAAGAGCGUAUCAAAGAGUUUAUUCGCGCAGAGAAGGCCGCAGCUGACGACGAGGAGCGACGGGUAAGGGAGCAGGCACGUAUUGCAGCUGAACUUGAGAGAAGGCGUCGACAAGAGGAGUUGGCCGCGCUCGAGAGGGAGCGCCAGAAGGAGAAGGAGAGACAGAGCAAGUUGCGCAUGCUGGGGCCGUGUCCAGCUGGUUACAUGUGGAUCAAGCAGUCAAGUGGGUAUAGAUGUGCGGGCGGGAGCCAUGUGCUUUCUGAUGCUCAGAUUGAUGCAUACUGCCACUGAGGCGGCGUGUAGAGAGAGUGGCCCGGCAGUGAUAGCGCAUGUCUGUGAUUGGUUUUUCUUUGGAAGAUCUUGGGUGUACGCCUCUCUGGAUUGCAGGAUGGCGAAUAGUGGCUGCUAGGGUCAAUCGUCAUGGCACGUGACAUAUUCGUCUACAUAGUUCCAUCAGCAUUUCUUUUCG